GCAAACGUAUGUGUCUUAGGAGAGAUUAUGAGGAUACGAUGUGACGUGUUUUGUCUGUUAUAUUUCAGGGGCUUUGGCAAGCAGGGCUAUCAGUGUCAAGUAUGCACUUGCGUAGUCCACAAGAGAUGUCACAUGUUGGUGAUAACCAAAUGUCCAGGAAUGAAAGAUGAGGGUGCAACCGCAGUUGCUGGAAUACCUGCAGCGAACCAAGGCACAGAAAUAGCGCGCUUCAAUAUAGACGUUCCCCAUCGCUUUGCUCUUCAUAAUUAUAAAAGAUUUACAUUUUGUGACCACUGCGGAUCCUUACUAUACGGUCUGUUCAAGCAGGGCUUACAAUGCGAAGCUUGUAACAUGAAUGUUCAUAAACGAUGUCAAAAGAAUGUUCCAAAUAGUUGUGGUAUCAAUACCAAGGCUAUGAGCGAAAUUCUGAAGACGAUAAAUUUCUCUGCAAACAAGCAAUCAAGAGCUCCGAAAAUUAGAGUAUCUUCACGUCCGCAAACACCAACAAUUGCAGAAAAGGAAGAAGAUCAAGAUGACAAGAACUUUAAAAAAGAUAAAAAGGGAAUGAAGAAGGGACAGAAAAAAGGACAGAAAGAAAAAACGAUAAAAGAACAUAAAGAUGAGUCGAGAAAACAGUCAAAAAGACACUCAGAUGAUCAGUCAGAUGAACUGACGGACGAACUGGCAGAAGAACAAUCGGACGAAAUGGGUAUGGACGGUUCCCAGACGAGUCACAGGGACUCUUAUACCAAAGAUGAUGGAACUAACAGCAGCGAUGUAAGAAAAUUUGGUUUAGAUGACUUUAAUUUUAUUAAGGUCCUCGGUAAAGGUAGUUUCGGUAAAGUAAUGUUAGUCGAACGAAAAGCUAAUCCCGAUGAGAUUUACGCCGUGAAAAUCUUGAAGAAAAGUGUCAUUAUUCAAGACGACGACGUGGACUGCACGAUGACGGAAAAGAGGAUUUUAACCCUCGCAGCUAGACAUCCUUUCCUGACAGCCAUUCACAGUUGUUUCCAAACGUUUGACCGACUCUUCUUCGUUAUGGAAUAUGUGAAAGGAGGUGAUCUGAUGUUCCAUAUCCAGAAGGCUCGAAAGUUCGACGAAUCGAGAGCACGUUUCUAUGCAGCGGAAGUGAUACUCGCGCUUCAGUUCCUGCAUAGAAAUCACAUUAUAUACCGUGAUCUGAAACUGGACAACAUACUGCUGGAUGCAGAAGGACAUUGUAAACUGGCGGAUUUCGGAAUGUGUAAGGAGAAUAUAAUCGAGGGUGAAACGACAACAUCGACAUUCUGUGGCACGCCGGACUAUAUAGCUCCCGAAAUACUCCAAGAAUUACCGUAUGGUGCUAGUGUUGAUUGGUGGGCUCUCGGUGUUUUGUUAUACGAAAUGGUGGCUGGACAACCACCCUUCGAGGCCGAGAACGAGGACGAUCUGUUCGAAUCGAUAUUACGGGAUGACUUAGUGUUUCCAGGGUGGGUUUCUCCGGAAGCGGAGUCUGUUUUAAAAGCCUUUAUGACCAAGAAUCCUGCCAAGCGAUUAGGUUGUGUUGCAGCCGACGGUGGCGAAAGUGCCAUAAGGGUCCACCCAUUUUUCAAAUAUCUAGAUUGGGAAGCUCUCGAAGCGCGUAAAAUAAAACCUCCAAUCAGACCUAAAAUUAAAAAUGAAAAAGAUGCCUUGAACUUUGAUACGGAAUUCACGAAGGAGGAUCCUGUGUUAACGCCGGAGAGUGCAGACAAAAUGAGCGACAUCAAUCAAGAAGAGUUUCGUGGUUUCUCCAUAGUAAAUAAGGACUUCAAUCCAUUCAGGUAUACUACGCAAUAAGUGGUGAUGAGUUUCGAUUUUAAAAAAUUCGGUUUUAUUGUAAUAUCAUCCUUCUCGUUUAACUGCU